AUGAAGGGGGAAAUUGAUGAGGGCAAGGAGAUUAGCCCAAUGUUUCCUAGGUUGCAUGUUAAAGAUGCAGAAAAAGGAGGACCAAAAGCACCCCCAAGGAAUAAGAUGGCUCUCUAUGAACAAUUCAGCAUCCCUUCUCAAAGUUUUGCCUCAGGAUCAGCAUCCUUGUUUCCUUCCCCGCUCAGAAACUACACAGUUCCUUCAAUAUCUAGCCACGUCAAUAGCAGUCAAAGCAUCCAAUUCUGCACCUCCACUGCACCUUCUAUUCUGGCUGAGAAGAUUCAAGCCUAUAGUUCCAGAAAGAUUAACUUAACGAAAUUGAUGCAAAAUAAUUUCAUCAGUAGUAAGAAUUCUCUGAAAACACUUGAUGGUGAAGAUGCUUCUAUAAAUUCUGGUUCUGCCAAUGGGAAAAUUUCAUGCUGUAGCAUCAUCCAAAAUGACAAAGAUGAGGACAAACUUGCUUUGAGCUGUUCACUUAAAAGUCUAAAUUCAUUUAGAAAGAUGGUGAAUUCACCUGGAGCCAUGGAACUGAAGUCAGUAGAAGAACAUGGGAAGAACCAGAUGGAAGAGCAUACAGAAGUGAGUGAGAUAAGUCAGAAGCCAGAGGAAGGGUCUCCUCUCUCAUUAAAUGGUUUUAGUGAUAUGACAGAUGCAUCAUUAAUCUCAUCGGUGCAAGGUUGGAAUUCUAAACCAAAGAAGAAAGAACAUAGAUCUUUGAAGGAAGAAAUUAGAAGUAUUUCAGAAGAUAGGUUGAAAACAUUGCAAGGUAGCAAUGACCACACACAUGAGGAACAUGCAGCUUUUGGGGACAAAAUCAACUUAAGGGACCAUUGCAUGGAGAAGCCAGUAACCAGUGAUGUCCACAAUUGUCCUGGUGAGUUGGAAAUUAGUAGAAGUUGCUUCCUAAGCAAGAGAGAUGGGAAUAAAGAUGAGGAUACAUAUAAACAUUCUGAUGCCUUAAAUAAACCCAGCUCAGAAUGUACAUUGGGUAUGGAUAUUUCCCCUGACAAUGUUCUAGAAAUUAUAGGUGAAAAGCAAUUUUGGAAAGCAAGAACUAUUAUCAUCAAUCAACAGAGAAUCUUCCUCCUCCAAGUGUUUGAGUUGCAUAGAUUGAUAAAGGUACAAAGAUUAAUUGCCGGGUCACCCCAUUUAUUGCUUGAAGAUAAACUCAUACUUAACAAGUCACCACUCAAAACAUCAGCAGCAUCCAAGCAAUUACAAUCUGACUUUGUCAGUAAACGACCAUCCUCAGUUGUUAAAGUAGAUAGCAAGUCUGAGAAGGCCACAACUACUGAGCAUGAUAAAAACAAUGCAGUUGGGAAGAUUCCCCUUCCUUGUGUCAACAACAUAAGCAAAGGCCAAGUUAAUCAGCCUUCAAAUUAUGGCCAUCAUUUAGGAAACCUUGCACUAGCCUCUGCAGAUAUAAAUUCCAAACAGUCCUCAAGCUGUGUCUACCCUCCACCAGGAAACCAAUGGUUAGUUCCUGUCAUGUCCCCAUCUGAAGGCCUUGUAUAUAAGCCAAUCAUAGGGCAUUGCCCUCCAAAUUCAGGUUUCAUGGCACCCUUAUAUGGUGCUUGUGGUACAAUGAGCUUCAAUCCAGGGAGCAAGGAUGUUUCAGAUGCAUCAGCUCUUGCACCAGGUUCUCAACAAAGGAUUGGAAUAUUUUCUGGUUCAUCUUUACCUCAGUUCUUACCACCAUGUGGCCCACCAUUCAUGCAUCCAUCUAUAUCAGCUUCAGCUAUUGAGGAAAUGGGACAGUCUAAUGGUCCUGAAAAUCACCAAUCAUGUAGAGAAGUCAAUUCUGCCAUAUUGUACCAAAGCUUAUCUAACAUGUCCAGCAAUAUGAGUCAAGUGAUGUCAAGAAACAUUUCAACUUAUCAAUCAAUGAAAGAUAAAGAAUCACAAAGAAGCACAGCUAGUAGUCCAUCCAAGAGGGUGAAAGGAGAUGUACUUCCUUUGUUUCCUGUGUCACCAACAUUUUGGUCAUCAGCAGAUAGGAACACACAUGUUGAAAACCAGCCAAGAGUAAUCAAGGCUUUGCCUCAUAAUCCAAAAUCAGCAACUGAAUCAGCUGCACGGAUAUUCAGGUCAAUACAGGAAGAAAGGAAACUUUGUAACUAGCCUAUCUCAUAAUAUGUCUA